AUGGGUAAACGAUUAGCGGAUGAUAUAAUUGAUGCAUAUUGUGAUAAAUUACAGGAAAGUGUUGAUAAAGAAGUUGAUGGAAUGCUUGCCAUGCAGUAUAUUUUAUUAGAGCCAAAUUCAAUAAAAAACUUGGUAAAAGGUGAUAAAAACAUAUGUCAAGUAAUAUACGAUCAUUGUCGUGCACAUUAUUUGGUGCUAUUCCGAAAUAAGCUCAAUCCGAAACGUAUCAUUGUUUAUGAUCCUAUUGUACCGCAAAAACAUUCCGUUAUUGAAACACUUAAUGACAGUGUUCGUGAACAGAUUCUAGUCAUGUUUGGGCAUCUAUAUCAGGAUGAUGAAAUAGUUGAAAUUGCAAUCGAGACAGGUUUAAGUACACAAAACGAUUGCUGGUCAUGUGGCCUACGAGCAGUUGCAUUCACUACACAUUUAUUACUUGGCAUCAAUCCUGCUAACUAUGAAUAUGAUUUGGAAAAAGUUGGAAAAUUUACUAUGGAAAUUAUCAAAAUGGAUAGACCUGAUCGUAACGUAAUUGCUAGCGGGCAAAUUGGCCAAGAAAUAAAAGGUAAUAAAUCAUGUUUAACAAUUGUACGUGUAACCAAAGGUGAGAAAUUUGCGGUAGAAAAUGGGACAGCUUAUGUUAUAAGUAAGCAAUCUUCAAUGGAACCGUUAUUAAACAACGAACAAGAAGUUAUUAUACCAAAAGAAAAUGAGGAAAAAUUAUCAAUAUUAUUAUCCAAGAAUGACGAUAGGAACAGAAAUAACGAUAAUGACAAAAAAAAUGGUAAUAUUUGA